AUGGGCCGUGGCUAUUUGCCGUGGCAACGGUGUAGACUAAGGCUUGAACUCUAUCAUGCAAGCCGCCAGUCGGUGGCGCUGACGCUGCAGCCACGUCGGCUGCAGGGAAAAUUGACUGUGCUAGACCCACACUUGUUGGAUGCAGCAAUCGGGCAUGAUUCAUCGGAUGACGACGAAGGUCUCCAGAUGAAGAAGAUCGCGGACCGACAGAUAAAAGCCAUGAACAUGUUGAUCUACAACGUUCACCUCAGGAUCCUUCGCAAACGCGAGGAGCACCAUCGAGUAGCGAACGACGCAGAUGAUGCUGCAAAACAAGAGGGAAUUAUUGCUUGCACCCGCUUGGUCAUGUCCGUGAACCGGAAACCAUGGAACAACUACAGCUUCCAGCAAGAGAUGGCAACUCUGGCAUCGGUUUACCUACAUCGGUUCCCGGCGUCUUCUGAUGAGCCCAUGCCCCAGAACUCAGAGGCUGAUGAUGCUGGCAAUGUUCCAGACCAAAGUCUACAACAAGCUGCGGGAGCUGUGGAGUGUCAGGAACAUGAUCCGCAGAAGAUUGUCAAGGUCUUGUUGUCCGUCAAGGGGUACAUGGAUGUGGCCUUUGAUGUUCUCCGGGACAUGUCCAUUCGCACUUUUGGCCAUAUAAUCAUUGAGGCAACGCAGUCUCAACAGAUGAAUCGGGAACUCCAAGCAUUUUGGGCCUGGCGUGGAUGGCUCGAAACUGUUGCGGAGACUUUGGGUUUGCUUGGAAGUGAUCGGCCUUUGCAGAGUCUCAGGCUGAAUGUUUCAGUUGAGGAUACCAUCCAGCAGCAGGAGCACGCUGACUUGUUCUACCGUCUCACUCUUCGCUCUGCUUCCAAACGGGCUUGGUCGAUGUCGAUUUAUGACGUUGCUCCGUACAACUGGGCGAUGUUGCUCACUGAUUCUGGCUUCGAGGACGUUGCCAAAGGGCUGGAAAAACUGAAAGGCGACUGCCUCAUCGUGAAGAAGGCUUUGCGCCUGAAAGGGGACCCAGAUUGCCAACACAGACAGGAAGGAGAUCUGCAGAGCACAAAAGCCACCAAUUUUCUCCGUGGGCGGCAAGUGUACUUGCCUUCGUCGAAGCAUCAAGCGAGUGAAACCAAAAGCGAGCUGAAGCAGAUUAUUGACUCAGGCAGGAAAAAGAUGCCUGGAAUGCAGCUCAACCCACCUGCAUUGAGACCAGCUGGUCACCUUAGCGACUUUCGCAUGGUUGCAGCCAUGAUGAGUUUGCGCAAUUUGGAAGGGCAAGAUUUCAAAGACAUCGGGGCUGCUUGGUUGGGAGAACUUUUUGAAGAAGGUCACCUGUAUCGCAGUGGGAUCACAGGCCUCCCCGCGGUUUGCUUGGGCUUUCACUACAAGGUUGCUUUCAUGUGGGAGGUCCAGGAGAUUGAACAAGGGUUCUUCAAACUUGCAGAGAGCGGAGACUUUGGAACCUAUUCCAUGACUGACAUCAAAAACAAUUUCGACAGCGUGUGCUUGACGCAGAUCGAGAAAAAGGAGGCAGAAGGAGAUGGUGCUUGGAUGGCAGUCCCCACUCAGGUUUGUUUGCCCCGUGACUUUCCUCCCGGAUUGGCGGAGAAGGGCCUCUUGCUCAAGAGAACUCAUGAUGAAACAAGCCUAGUCUCGUACAGGUUGCAGUUUGGUGAGCCAUUGUCAAUGCAGUUUGUCUCCAAGCUGUGCGUCGCAUUGGGCUUGGAAGUGAAACCUGGUGAUGGGGAGAAAGUCGCAAGCAACAAAUCGAAAAUGACCUGUCUCGUUGGUCACUUUUGCCCUCAUCUCAGUGAUCAGCAACGGCAAGACAUCAUCAACAAGUGGCUCAAGGGCAAGGGCAGCACGAAUGCCAGCAAGGCUCCGGGUUGCCUCCACUCGGUUCUCAAAGUUUUGGAAACUGAAGAAGACUUCAACAAAUUUGUGGAUAUGAAGACUCGUUUGGAUGAUGAGCAACGAACUAAGCUCAUCGUUGAAAGGGAAGGUUUCCACCGCUCGAAAGCCAGACAAAUGACUCCCAAGCUGAUCAAAAUGCUGGCGCCACCAGGUCCCAAGAGCUACAUCAGCAUGCAGACGAGCUUGAAAAGAUUCAAUGGAUUCUAUUUCAAGCCAGGGGCUUCUUCUUCUUCUCGUGCCAGGCCAGUCGGAUCAACCAAGAAAGGGAGGCUGAGAGACUUGCACUCGACUGCCAGAACUUGGGGUGACAAGUGGACGCAAGAACAAGCUUUGAAUUUAGUUGUUGGGCAGCUAUGGUCGUGGCACAGGAAGUACGGCAAUGACAUUUCCGAGAAACCAUCGAAAAAGACGAUCUCUGAGACCCUACAGAGAGUGUUGGAGGGUGAAGUUGAUCCUGGCACUGAUGUGGAGUCUGAUGAAGACAUGGAUGACGCCGCUUUGGGUGUGGACGCUGACGGUCUUCAAGAAGGAGACGAGGAGGAAGCUCCUGCCAUGGAUUCUGAUUCCUCGAGCUCAUCAAGCAGCACCAGCAGUCCCAAGAGGAAACCAGCCAAGCGAAGAGUGCCGCAGCAACAAGGAAAGAGGGCUGCUGCCGAAACGCAGCCGAAACCAGAAGAGCCUGCUCCAAAGAAACACAAGCUGCUGGACACCAGCAAUGUCAAGAGCGCUUUGCCUGCGCAUGUACAGCAGACGAUGGCUAAUUUGGCUAUCGCCAAGGCAGAACCAAAGGCAAAACCCAAGUCCGCUGACAAGAAGGAAAAGAAACGGGAGAAGAAAGUGGAAAAAAAAGUUUCAAAGAAGAAAUGAACCGCUGAACAGCAAAGCUGCCACAUGCACGGAGGAAAAAAAA